AUGGGCUGGGGACGGGGCGUCUUCGUUCGGAUCGCGUCGGCCGGAGUUGGUGAUAUCAUUUUAAUAGGCGUCAAGGCUGAGCGGUUGUUGGAAGAGGCGGCGGGCCGACGUCCUGUUCCUCAAGUACCUCAGCCAACCGCUUCGGAGCAACGUAACUUUGCGUCACUGGUGCAAGACAUUCAUAAACAAACAACAGAACACCGUCUGACUCUCUCGCUUACGACCGAAAAAAGAGACCUGGGCAUACGAAGAAGACUCACCCAAGACUGCAUGGGCAACCCGACAGUCGUUCAGGAGACCGUCCUUGAAUCCUUUGCCACACGGACGGUGUUGUCACAGUCCGGCAAUCUUAUUGUGCCCCCGGAUUCAUAUUUUUCUGUCCAAAGUGUAACUGGCGUCGGAGACAACAACCCGCAAGACUACACACUACAGGUGGUAGGGACCAAGCAAGGUGUGGCCAAGCUGAACUAUAAUGCCGCCUUUUCGGUUGGUCCAUGGGUCAGCAACACGGGUAUACCUGAAUUUCAGUCGAUAGUGAACAAUGGAAAUCGCGGCACGGAUGCCAUCGGAGAGGUGGACAAGGCGCUCGCCGGUCACAACAUGAUGGACAAAGCGCGGGCACUGAAUUACUUCGUGGAGGACUGGCUUGCUAGCAUUUCUGGUGGACACAUGAUCCCAGGAACCGCAAACAACAGGUUCUUCCGCUUCUCACCGCCUGAAAGCACGCCGCAGAACCCCUCUCUGCUGCAGUCGUUUCUCCCGCGCCGAAAUUCGGUGCAACCGCCCUUGUUUUACGCAUUCCCGUCAUUGCCGGUUUCUGUACUCCGGGCAUGUAACGUCAGUGAGAACGUGGCUCCCAUUGUGAUAUUGUAUCCAGCAAAGGCACAUUCGUCUUCGUCCUCGUUUCUGUCAGUCUAA